AUGUCAAAACACAACCCGGAUCUCAUCCUCUGCCGCAAGCUGCCGGGCAUCGCCAUCGGGCGGCUCUGCGAAAAGUGCGACGGAAAGUGCCCCAUCUGCGACUCCUACGUGCGACCGGCGGCGCUCGUGCGCAUCUGCGAGGAGUGCAACUUUGGCACCUACGGUGGCAGAUGCAUCAUCUGCGGAAGCCAAGGCAUCUCGGACGCGUACUACUGCGCAGAGUGCACGCGGUUAGAAAAGGACCGUGACGGGUGUCCAAAGGUCGUCAACCUCGGCGCGAGCAGGACAGACAUGGCCUACCAGCGGAAGGCGAGACAACAGCAACAGGCAUUCAACAAGGGGUGA